AUGAAGUUUGCGAGUCCAGUGGCGGCAUGCCUGCUUGCGCGUCUUGUAGCACAGAGCUCACCACUUCCAGAUUGUAAUGGAGGAGCUUGCGCAGCAAAUUCGGCUUCCUUACUUCAGCGGCGAGCUUGUGGCCAGCAGUCGACAAGAAGGACCCACAGUGAAGACGCUACUUUGGAUUCCACCCUUCAGAAGAAAGCUCGUUACGUGGAUGAUGGAGAGUCCUUGCGAGCUUUUGGCUACCGCCCCAAACUUCUGAGACUCAUAUUCGAUAUGAACUACAACUUCCAGGAGGGCUAUGAGCAAGCUACCGUGCAAGAAGCAAUCCCCUCGAUGGUAUCUCCAGCUGUAACUCUGGCAGUGGUUGCCCUUGUGGAGACGUACCUUGGGGUGAGCGUUGAUUCUGAUGGUGUCUCCGUAUCUUUUGAGUCAGACGCUUCCCACCAUGCGACCGUCCAGUGCGACCUACUCUGCCCAAAGAAGGCGAAGUGCUCCAAGGAGGCUCUGGCGGAAAUUUCCAAAGACGUCUUGGAUGAGGAGAUCAAGAUGCGAAUGGCGGAGUACGAGCUCCCAGACGGCCUGAGCGCCUUUGCGGUUGCUACCGAUGGCACCGUGGACUACAUGGACCUGUUCCCUUCAACAACGACCACCACAAACGUGGGACUGGUUUUUGGUAGCUUUUCCGUAUUCUAUGCAACAGCAUCACUUCCUGCCAACUGGGAGGAGAUUUGUGGGCUGGCUGUGCGCCAGGCGGUGGCAUCCAUGAUGGGACAUGGACUGAAAGACUCGGACAUCACUCUUGCACUGGGUAAAAGUCAAGUCUCGUACAGCUUCCUUUCCCCACCUCAUGUUUCUGCCGAGCAUAUGAAGCAGCGCGCCACACGGAUCAGUGAUGACACGCUGCAGAGCGAAAUCUUGGCAGCUCUGAAGCGUCUCGGUAUCGACACUGGCCGCUUGGACUUCAAAGCUUCCUUCAUAGAGGAACGCUCUGGCGAGAUCCUUAAGCCGGCAAAGCUGUCGUUGGAUGAAAUGGAGGCAAUGCAUCCCUGCUCCAGUUUCUCAGAUUUCCUGCCAGAUGCACCGAUGUCAGACUCCGCUGGCUGGUGUGAUAUGUCGAAAUCGAACAUAUCUCAGUGCGAUUGCGUUGCUGCUGACUGUACUGCCUAUGGCUUUCCAGAUGAUUUCUAUUGCCACUGCGACACCCGGGAAAGGUGUUUGGCUGCCGGAUUAGAAUUCAAAGUCCACACUUGUGCGGAGGAGAUGUCCCAGUACAUCAAGGAUGCUGAGUAUCCUCCACUCAUCUUGACUGCAAGAGAAGAGGGCUGUGAUGGCGUGGUGACGUCAUGGCACACGAGCCUGGCCAUGGUGUUCGAAAGCAUGAGCACGAAGUGCUGUGCAUCCUGGCCAGUGAGGCUAUGCGAUCCACAGGCGGAGCUCGUGACGCCCUGCCAGGAGCCCUCAGACUUCAAACCGAAAGCACUACUCUCGACAGGUCACUCCUGCUUGGAUGAGAUAAAAAACUCCACGGAGGAGUACAAACUCUUGGAGCUCGCCGCGUCUGAAGGCUGCAAGGAAUCGGGGCUGAGCUCCGGUGUGAAGCUGGAAGAGUGGGUGCGGAGCAUCGCCGCCAUCUGCUGCAAAUCCUUUCCGGCCAACAUAUGCAAGCCUGUCGCGUGA